AUGGCCGCUUCUUCUCUCCUCAGAUCCGCGCUCCUCGCACCUUCAUCUUCCGAUCGCUUCAAGGUCUCUUCUCGCAUCGCCGAUUCUCUGACUGUUCUUCCAUUUUCGCAUCUUUUUUCGCAUUUUCCUGCAUUUGUUUGUAAAAUGUCACCAAGUACUGUAUUUAGUAACGUCUCGAGCUGUAAUGUAAAAUCUAUGGGAUUACAGAGCAGCAUAUUUGGUACUUCAAUUCAAUAUGACUCAUUAGUCUUACAAAGCUACAAUGCUCGGGGGAUCCAGCCUAUUAAAGCCACAGCAACAGAAAUCCCUCUCCCCACCCAGCAAUCAAGGAGCACUGGGAAGACAAGAGUUGGAAUAAACGGUUUUGGUAGAAUUGGAAGGUUGGUGCUACGUGUAGCAACUUCAAGAGAUGAUAUUGAUGUUAUUGCAAUUAAUGAUCCAUUUGUUAAUGCAAAAUAUAUGGCUUACAUGUUUAAAUAUGAUUCUACCCAUGGUGCAUUCAAGGGGACCAUUAAGGCUUUGGAUGACUCUACUUUGGAAAUUAAUGGGAAGCAGGUUAAAGUUGUGAGCGAAAGAGAUCCUGCAGAUAUCCCAUGGAGUGAUUUUGGGGCUGAUUAUGUCAUUGAGUCUUCAGGAGUUUUUACAACUGUUGAGAAAGCUUCAUCACAUUUGAAGGCUGGUGCCAAGAAAGUAAUAAUAUCAGCUCCAUCUGCUGAUGCACCAAUGUUUGUGGUAGGAGUGAAUGAGAAGACAUACCACCCAGAAAUGGACAUUGUUUCUAAUGCAAGCUGCACAACCAAUUGUCUUGCUCCACUUGCCAAGGUUGUUCAUGAAGAGUUUGGUAUAGUUGAAGGUUUAAUGACAACUGUUCAUGCAACAACAGCAACACAAAAGACUGUAGAUGGCCCUUCUAUGAAGGACUGGCGAGGGGGAAGAGGGGCAAGCCAAAAUAUAAUUCCAAGUUCAACUGGUGCUGCGAAAGCUGUUGGGAAAGUUCUUCCUGAGUUAAAUGGAAAACUCACUGGGAUGGCAUUCCGUGUACCAACUCCCAAUGUUUCUGUGGUGGAUUUGACUUGCCGGCUUAAGAAGAAUGCUUCCUAUGAAGAUGUUAAAGCUGCAAUAAAGUAUGCCUCAGAGGGACCACUGAAAGGAAUCCUUGGGUACACAGAAGAGGAUGUUGUCUCUAAUGACUUUGUUGGUGAUUCAAGGUCAAGUAUCUUUGAUGCUAAGGCUGGCAUUGCACUUAGUUCUUCCUUCAUUAAGCUGGUUUCGUGGUAUGACAAUGAAUGGGGUUACAGCACCCGAGUGUUAGACCUUAUAGAGCACAUGGCAUUGGUGGGAGCUCAACAUUGA